GUCCGGGGCGCCCAUGGCGCAGGCGCGGAGGGCGGGGCGGGAUCUGAGCGCGUGCGCAGCCCGGGACCUCCCGGCAGUCUUCCGAGCAAGAUGGCGCCGCGGGCAUUUUUUCCGCUGCCCGUCUGAGGGAACGCUCCGCGUUGUUCCGCGAGAAAGCCAGAGGCCGAGCCCCGGCGGGUGCGAUGGCCGCGGUGGUGGCCAAGCGGGAAGGGCCGCCGUUCAUCAGCGAGGCGGCCGUGCGGGGCAACGCCGCCGUCCUGGAUUAUUGCCGGACCUCGGUGUCAGCGCUGUCGGGGGCCACGGCCGGCAUCCUCGGCCUCACCGGCCUCUACGGCUUCAUCUUCUACCUGCUCGCCUCCGUCCUGCUCUCCCUGCUCCUCAUUCUCAAGGCGGGAAGGAGGUGGAACAAAUAUUUCAAAUCACGGAGACCUCUCUUUACAGGAGGCCUCAUCGGGGGCCUCUUCACCUACGUCCUGUUCUGGACGUUCCUCUACGGCAUGGUGCACGUCUACUGAGAUGGGGGCCCGGGGGACUUUUUUAAAAAACCAGAUCGGGAGGACUGUGGCCAGCAAUUAACACCGUGUAGACUUCCUUAGUUCUUAAGUGGUUGAAUUCGCUGCUUGUUCUGUAACGUUAUAAAUCAUUUAUAUCUGAAGACGGAGAGCCUGUAAUAUUCUUCAGAUUAAAUGAAGCGUGAGACACUU